GAGGAAUGGGCUGGAGACGUGACUUUCGGUUUGUACUCUUUGGGACAGCAGGGUUGUGUACACGGGUUUGUGUUCUAUUGAACUGGCCGAGAUGAAAACGAAGACGUUAGUGGCGUUCGAUUUCGAUCACACGCUGGUGGACGAGAACAGCGACAUAUGGGUGAUCCAGUGCACACCUGGGCAGAGCUUACCAGCCUGGCUCGAGAAAUCGUACCAGAGAGGACGCUGGACCGAGUACAUGGGUCGAGUGUUUAACUACAUCGGAGAUCAGUCCGUGAGUCCGGACACCGUUCGGGAGCUCAUGCAGACGAUCCCGUUCACGAGCGGAAUGAUCGAGUUGCUGAAGUUCAUCGGUCGAAACAAGAACGACUUCGAUUGCAUUAUCAUCUCCGACUCCAACACGCUGUUCAUCGAGUGGAUUUUAGAAGGCGCCGGAGUGGCGAGUGACGUCAACGGCAUCUUCUCGAACCCGGCCAGUGUCGACCGACGAGGCUACAUCGAAGUGCGGUGCUUCCAUUCGCACUCCUGCGAGCGCUGCCCGGUCAACAUGUGCAAGCAGAAAGCGUUAGCAGACUUUAAAGAGAAGCAGGCGGACGCCGGGGUCCACUACCACACCGUGUGUUACUCGGGCGACGGAUCAAACGAUUUCUGUCCCCUUAAGCUUUUAAACGAGGGGGACUUCGCAAUGCCGCGUAAAGGAUACAGCCUUGAGAAGCUGCUGGCCAAAAACAGGAGCGAAGGCAACACGCCCAAGGCUCAGGUGAUCCCCUGGAGCAGCGGGAUUGAAAUUCUAAACCAGCUGAAAAUCAUCCAGAAACGGGCCGAACUCUUUUAAAAACGUCUGCGAAGGACCGCCGUAGAAACACAAGCUAAAAAUAUUUUUAUUAUGGCACGAGAGAUAGCGAGAUAGCUUUGUAUAGCGAUACGUUCACUGCGGAUAACCUUUAACAUGAAACACGUAACGUUUGAAAAAAAUAAAAAUAAUGUAGGUAGGGUUUAAGCAGAAGAGUUUAAGUAAAGGUGUGCGAAAUUGGAAAAAAAAUGAUCAAUAUCUCGAAAUUUUAGCCAGUAAAACGAUAAUCAGGCGAUUUAUUUUGCAUGAUAAAAGACACGUGUUUGUAAAUGUCUAUUUUACUAGCUCGCUUUUAUACGCCGGCGUUUUUGUGCCACGUUAUAAACAAAAAUAUGAGAUUACGGGUCUAAAUUCGAAACGAUACGUAGCAUUUACGUCGAAAUUACGAGAAAGUCAGUCGUUGCAGUAUGAGAAUACUGUGAUAUCGUUAACACGAUACUCACGAUGUCGUCGGACACGAUUUGUAUCGUACACCCCUUCGUUUAAGCAGUUCUGGUGCUUGAUGGAUGGCUCAUUGCUGUCUUUUUUUGCUUUCCUUUAUUCUUAAUUUGCUGAUGUUGCAGAAGAACAUCACGGUAUUGCGAUUGCACGUAUUAUGGACUUUAUUAGGGGGAAAGAAAAAAAAGAAAGAAAAUCUUCGAGCGUAAGGGACCACGUGCCACUUUCGCUUUUCUCGCUGAUGUUGGUGUAGAAGUAAUGGACACGUUGGUACUCAGAAUUCAAUUCCGCUGUCCAACACCGUUGUCUUGGGUUACGGUAACAUUUCAGCUGUCGCAGUUUUUGCAACACUUUCUAAAGAUCUCCAGAUAGAACCGAAGUGAUUGAAUCCUACAGCACCUCGGUCAGCAGGUAGUUAGAGGGCAUUAUGUUCACGCAGGGAACUGCGCACUCGCAGCAUGUACACUGCAGAUAUCCUUCAAUUCUCCACUCAGAUUAUGAUACCGAGGAAUAGAAAACCGUAUUGUUUUUUUUAAAGAAAUCAAGUUGUUUGUAUCAAUUAAAGAGCUGAAAUAUAGUUUCUGAAGGUCUCGAAUCUGAUUCGUCCGAGAAUGUUCAGGAGGUUUAUUUAAUAUUCAUGGAGGGAAUCCCCAGUGUCAGCACUUUGUAACGUAUUUUUUUUUCCAUGGUUAUUACUGUAAACUCUGAUGUGUAAUGUUUGUGUGUGAAAUGUAAUUAUUUUUAAUGGUCAUAAUUUAGAGAUACGGAUUAUGAUUAAAUAUAAACAAUAUGAGAAAAAUAAAUGUAUAACACCACCA